AUGGAGAGCUACAGUCCUUCAGAGGAUCCAGGGCCAGCGUUCUGCGUUGGCCACCAUGAGCAUAAUCGGCUGAUUACUGUGACCCCUCGAGUCAUUCAAAAUGUGCACGAGAGCAAUUACGACAUGAUGACUGUCCCAAUCACGACGUCGCAUUUCCAUUCCCGUGUCCUCCGCCUGUUGUCCAGUUAUUUGGCCGACUUGCAGUCCCCGACCCAUGAUGAUCAUAUCGGGACCAUGGCCACUACUUCCAACACUCGGCCUCUUGUGGUCCCGUCACUUUCCACGGCAGACUCAUACCUGACUCCGAAUGAUGCAACCAGUCAGUUGGUGGGAGUGACUAGCACAUGGAUUGAUCUGUGUUCGCCCGAUCCAUUAAUUGCGGACUUGUCUCGCCAAGUUCUGAUGUUGGAGGUUGCAUACGCUGCGUUUUGCGGAAUUGGAUAUCUCUUGAUCCCUGGCCCGAAGCUGCAUCAUGGUUCUUUGCAUUCCGAGGGCGUGAUCUAUUAUGCCCGCGCGGUUCAAGAUGCUCUCAAUCUCGGCCCAUAUAUUCAAUUUCACAUUUGGCUGCAAAUGGUAGACAACCCAGCAGCCGAGGUCGAUACAAUUGGUGACCUGGCACCGCUUGCCCGAGCAGAAUACACACAUUCGAAUGAGGGAGCUUCCGCCAGCAUUGAUCCGUUUGGCACCUGGGAAGCUUGGGAUUCCAUCAGAAAAACUUGCAAAUAUCACACAAGGCUGUUUGUCGCUCUCACUUUGCCAAAGCAAUUGCCAUCGCUCUUUGUGCAAUCUCGAUGGCACUCAGAACCGGUGCAUCUACUCACGAUCGAGGGGUCUGCAUUCCUGAAGAAUCAAAAGGGAUACCCGGUAUUGUCCAAGUCGCACCAAGGAUUUAUCGCGAAGAUGAUGCGUCUGCGAACCGCGCCGUGGAUUCUUCUUUGUGGCGUUGGUCCUAUACCUGGACUUGAAAAUACCGGAGAUCCUGAUACCAACCAGGCUUCACUAUCUGCGGCUGACUAUCCCAGCCUGUCACAGGCUGGAAAGAAGCACCACGACCCUACACCCCAUCUUUCGUAUAUCCGCAAUUUGCAACAGCGACAACCUUCACGGACGGCCAUCGAGAGGUUUGGUGUGGGAUACCAGGAUUAUUUGCAGGCUCCUCUACAGCCGCUGACAGUCAACCUUGAGAGUAUCACAUACGAAGUAUUCGAAAAAGACCCCAUCAAAUACGAGUGGUAUGAAAAAGCAAUCUACAAAGCCCUGAGAGAUUGGGCGGACCAGAAAAAGCCCACGUCCCACCCAGAUGGAAAAGUGAUCGUCGCGGUUGUGGGGGCUGGCCGUGGCCCUCUGGUCACUCGCGCACUGAAAGCUAGCGCAGAAGCUGGUGUGGAAAUUGACAUGUGGGCUGUUGAGAAGAACCAAAACGCUUUUGUGUUGCUACAGCGACACAACGAUACAAUCUGGGGCGGAAAGGUCACCUUGGUACAGUCAGAUAUGCGAAGCUGGAAAGGGCCUCUGGUUCGACAGCAGCGGGCGCAGGCUACUAAGGAGCCUGUGGGCGAAUCCCUGGGCAUCGAGAGUUCGUUACUUCAUACCUCGAAGAAGAGCGAGAACGACCCAGGUCAUGAACCUGAAGUUGCCGAACCGGCUGUGUGUUACACUCAUGUUGAUAUCCUUGUCUCGGAGCUGCUGGGCUCUUUUGCGGACAACGAACUUUCUCCAGAGUGUCUGGAUGGUGUGAACGAUGUGAUCCACCCCGACCACGGCAUUUCCAUUCCAGCCUCGUAUUCCGCGCAUUUCACUCCAGUAUCCGCUCCCAAACUGCACGCAGAUGUUGUGAACCAGACAGUGUCUAACCCGGCGGCCCCGGAGACCCCAUAUGUCGUCAUGCUACACGCUAUUGACUUCCUCUCCACCGUCGAUACGCCUGCUAGCAAUGAAAGCUCCAACCCAGCAAACAGGGCCUCCACUCCAUCGGGAUCAUUCGCAACCACUGAAUUCCCAACCCCGCUUGUGCAGACUGCCUGGUCUUUCUCGCAUCCGAACCGACACCUUCCUCCUCAAUCCCGCAUGCAGUCAACUAUCUCCAAUGCCCACAAUGUGCGCCAAACCCGUCUCUCCUUCCCUUCCCAAUGCCGAGGUGUGUGUCACGGCUUGGCAGGCUACUUCGAAACAGUACUCUACGGUGACAUUGAGUUGUCUACCAACCCUGUGACCAUGGAAGCCAAGAGCGCAGACAUGAUCAGCUGGUUCCCCAUCUACUUCCCAUUGAAGACCCCACUCAGUGUUCCUGACAAUGGUGAGAUUGUCGUCACGAUGUACCGUCAAACCGAUGAUCGCAAGGUCUGGUAUGAGUGGAUGGUUGAGGUCUAUGCCCUUGAACGUCCAACUGCGUCUGCCCGAACGGUUCCCGUGAGUUACGCACAAGCUGGAUUGCCCAGCGUGGAAGCCGCCGCCAGACCGAACUCGCGUGCUGGUUGUCGGCGCGUGCGCGUGGGCAUGAGUGAUUUGCACUCCAGCAUCAAGGAUGGAUGCUUAAUGUGA